UGGUUGCAUAGUGCAUAAUUUUGUUUUCAAUUGGCUUGGUUUGUUUAUAAUGAUUAAAUAUGGUGGAUUGUUUAAGCAAGUUGCGCAUGCGUGCUCGCCACACUUUCGCUGCUUAUCGCUACAAACCUCAAUAAAAUUAGAUAAAAUCCACUACACGACGAACUUUCAAAGUCAAAGCAUUACUUCAAGCAGUAGCACUAUCAUGGCAAAGUUUUGCGCAAAUUUGUCGUUCAUCUUCACGGAUGUACCGUUCGUGGAGCGGUACGCGGCCGCAAGUCGCGCGGGAUUCAAGGCCGUGGAAUCUGGUUUUCCUUACCAAGUGCCGAUCGAAGAGGUGACGGCCGCGAAGAAGGCCGCAGGAAUUCAGCAGGUCCUCAUCAACGUCUACACAGGGGACGUGACGAAAGGCGAGCUUGGAUUCGCCGCGGUUCCAGGUGAAGAAGAAAACUUCAAGAAUAGUGUUCAUACAACAAUUGAAUACGCAAAAGCUUUGGGAGCAUCUAAGAUUCAUGUGAUGUCUGGUAGAGUUACGUUCCCAACAGCGCAAAACGACACACUUUACGAGAGUAAUUUGCGAUACGCGGCGAAAAUAUUUGAAAAGGAGAAUAUUCUAGGCCUCAUCGAACCAAUCAACAAAUAUUCCGUUCCUGGCUACUAUUUGAACUCCUAUGAUAAAGCAUUAAAAGUCCUGAAAAACAUCAACAGUCCAAACCUGCGUCUGAUGCUCGACGUGUUUCAUCUGCAACACAUUCAAGGCAACAUCACAAACACAAUGCAAGAGCUCAAAGAUUGGAUCGGCCACGUGCAAAUUGCACAGGUACCAAACCGUAACGAGCCGGACACCCUCGGCGAAAUAAAUUACGCACACGUUCUCACCGCGCUCAGGACGGUGGGUUACCAGGACUGGAUCGGUUUGGAAUACAAACCUCAAGGUGAUCCUGUCGCCGGCCUGAAGUGGAUUACAUCUCUUGGCUAUAGCUUAUAAAUUAACCGCGGCGUAGUUAUGAUAUAGAACGUAGUAAAGUAGUAAAAAAUGUUUUGUUUUGCUUAAAAUUAAAUUUACUACUUUAUAAUAAAAACUAUCUCGACCUCUACUGUGUGUUAGACACACAAGUUGGUUGUUAGGUAAAUGUACAUGUUGGCACGUUAAUAUAAAAGUAUUGUACAAAAUAGUCUCUAUAAUCACAUAAAAUAUACUCGCCGCAAUACGUUGAAAAUAAAUGCGUUUCUGCGGAAUGAUA